AAUGCAUUAGCUGACCUCACAUCUGGUUCAGCGGGCGAUGGCAGCUGCUGCAUACGCAGCUGAGUGAUAUAACAUCGACCAGAGUGUUCAGGGAGAGCCGGGGGAUUCUUAUCCCAAGUCCGCUGCUGCUUUCACCCAUUUCACCUCGCCAAAUUGUCGCAUUAGCUACACAGUCCAGUGGGUCUGAUGGCGUAACAAUUUGGGGUUGAAUUUGUAAACUCCGGAGUACCGAGCCGAAGUGUUGUUGCCCGUUGCUCAAUCGUGGCCCAAAUGCCUAUACAGGCUAGGAGUGAAUUAAAUAAAUAACACAUGUAGUAGAGUUAUAUUUAAGACAUUUUACAAACGAUUUUAUGGUUCAGUUAUUCCCCACCAUACUUACAGAUGCGUCCAAAGUGGAUUUUUUCAAAUCUUAUGUGUCUCAGCAAUGGAAAGCAAUCGGAAUUUUAUGGUUAUGGAUUCGAGCCUUCCUUGUUUUCUCCUUUUCAUCUUGAUUGGCUGUGUCAAAUGCUCUUUUGAUCACGACCACCACCGCAAUGACACCCGCCACUUUGAUUACUGUGUGCUUGGAGCUGGACCUGCAGGACUGCAGAUGGGAUAUUUCCUUUCCAAGGCCAAAAGAGACUAUAUCAUUUUGGAGAGGAACUCAGGACCAGGCAGCUUCUUUAACAAAUACCCGAGGCACAGGAAGCUCAUUAGCAUUAACAAAAUCCACACAGGAAGGCAGAACCGAGAGUUCAACCUGCGCCAUGACUGGAACUCGCUGCUGAGCAAUAAACCUGACCUCCUGUUCAAGCGAGUGAGCAGUGAGUUUUACCCACCAGCUGAUGCUUUCCCACUCUACCUGUCCAUGUUCGUGAAGGAGCUUGGGCUGAGGGUCAGGUAUGGUGUGGACAUUGGAAGGAUCGGGGCAAUGCAGUCAGCCACUGGCAGGAGCUACAUCCUGACUGAUCAACACGCGUCAGACUACCAAUGCAGUGUCCUACUGGUAGCAACAGGAUUGUGGGUUCCUCAGAAGGUAGAGUUUGUUGGUUCUGAGCUGGUUGAGGGCUAUGAGUCCAUCUCCACAAACCCUGAGGACUACAAGGACCAGGCCGUACUUAUUCUAGGAAAGGGGAACUCUGCUUUUGAAACCGCCCAGAGCAUUUUGGGAAGAGCAAGUCGGGUGCACAUGCUCAGUUCCAGCCCUGUUCGACUGGCUUGGCAAACACAUUAUGUUGGAGAUCUCAGAGCUGUGAAUAAUGAGCUACUAGACACAUAUCAGCUGAAAUCCCUCGAUGGGUUGGUGGAGGCACACUUGGAGAAAAUAGUCAUCUCUCAACGCAAGGAACAAGGCAGGAGGAGAUCAGGUGGAAAGAAGAAAGAGAAGAAGGGACAGUUGUACCUGACGUUAAAUAAGUACAUACAAAACCCCGGAGAGAAGAGUUCUUCUGAUGUGAUUGAAGAAGAACUGCCAGGGUAUCACAUUGACAACUUCCCUAUACGAAACCCCUACGACCGCGUGAUUCGAUGCCUUGGAUUCAGAUUCAACUUCAGCAUAUUUGACAGCUCUGCCUGCCCACCAAACAGUGAAAAUGCAAAAGGGAGGUUGCCGGGGGUGACAGCCUGGUAUGAAGGGAAGAACACCCCUGGCUUGUUUGUGCUGGGAACUGCUGCUCACUCCAGAGACUACCGCUCAUCUGCCGGCGGUUUCAUCCAUGGAUUCCGUUACACAGUGCGAGCUGUACAUCGUGUACUUGAACGUCGUUACCAUAGCCACCUGUGGCCAUCAACAAAGCUGUUGACAACGCAGCUGCAGUCCUGGAUUCUGAAGCGGGUGGGCGAGGCCUCAGGGCCAUACCAAAUGUUUGAGGUGCUUGGGGAUGUUAUACUUCUUCGAGGCUCUCACUGUGAAUACUUGGAAGAGUUUCCAAUCCAGGCCUUGCCUCAGUUCUCCUCUCUCUCGGGCCAUGAGGUGUCCAACCAUGGACUGGUAGUUGUAGUCAUGCAGUAUGGGAAGAAGAAGAUAGACUAUCUGGGGCGUAGCAGGGCAGAAACAGACUGGACCAAAGCUUGGAAAUCCAACUUUCUGCACCCUGUUUUAUACUACUAUGACACACUUCCUACUGAGGAAGAAAUGAAACUCCGUCCCCGUGGCUGGCCUCUACCAAGGCCCAAGGCAAUUCAUCACAUGGUUGAAGACUUCCUCACAGAAUGGGAGAGUCCCUUAUCUCACAUCCAGCCACUGCGACGCUUCCUGGAGCACUGUGUCCAGACUGACCUCAGGACCUUCUAUGCAGAAUCAUGUUUCCGCUCAUCCCUUACCCACCGCAAACCACCGCUGUUCUGUCAGCAAGGAUACUUGAAGCAGCAGGGUGUUGCUCACAACACUCAGCUGUGGCAGCACAUUUAUGACGCUGGAUUGAUGCCCACUGAGCAGGAUGCAGGCACAUCAGGUGCGGACCCAGCAUUCCCCAACUACCUGGCACAAGCUGGAGCCUCCAUGUCUUCAGGACUGAAACUCGACUUUUGACUGUUUUACUUAAGCGUGUUAAAGCUAUGCCUAUGAUGCUGUUUAGGUCCCUCAGACCUACUACCUCUAGCACCCAUAAUCAUUCCCUCCACAAGACCAAAUAUAUUUAACAGAAUACCAUCCUACAGAUCAGUAGUUUCCAACCUUAUAGGUUUCUCUACUUGCAACCCCUCCUCACCAAUUGCAGAUUUCUACCACUUGACUAUUUCAACCAAAGAGGGAUUUUCCUUGCUUUAUUUUAAUAAUGUUUAUGAUUGGAAAUCAGUGCUCAUCGUCAAGAGGCAACUUGUCUCUUGAAAACUCUCUUAUUGGUAUUCCCCAUAAAAUAUUUAUAUACAUUAUAACAUGCCGUUUCCAUUUCAUGGGUAUUUAGAAUAAAUUAAGCUAUAUAGGUGGAGGUUGGGUGUUACAAAAUUAUUAUGCAUUAUACAUUUUUACAUGGUAUUAACUGAUUAAACAUACAUUAAAGAGGGAAUACAAAGUUUGUCUUUUUUUUUAUUAUUCUAAUAAAAUUGUUUU